AUGCCAACCGCCUCCACACUCUCCGGCUACACAUUCUCCAACUGGGGUCCACUCACAACAACCUUCACUGCUCCAACCAGUUGCGCAACACUCACCAGCAAUGUAGGGGCUGGGGAGUCAAUCCCGUUCCCGCGUCUCUACUAUAGAGCCGAAUGCUCACCCGAAUAUGACUGGUCGUGUGUGCCAACAGGCACAAUCACCUCCCUACCGCCACAAUAUACAUCUCUGGAUUUAAAUCCGCAGAACGAGAUGCAUAAGAAUUAUUUCUCACCAGGCCUGUACUGCCCAUCCGGAUGGGCAACCGUAGGACUGGCAUCGAGAGACGGCGACAAGCCAGUGACUUCCUCGGGCGUGGUCAGUCCGAUAGCACCAGUGCCCACGCACUUCUAUUUCCCUUUUGCGAAUACACCGGAAAAUGUGUUUGUGCAAAUGCUGGAACCUAAUGAAACAGCCGUGUGGUGUUGUCCGAGUUCGAUGACCGCAAACACCUUAGUAGGGUGCUACUCAGCACUUCCAGACUACGAAAUAAGCACGGUUUGCGAGAUGGUCAUGCCGAGUUACAAUAUUGAUAUAGAGUCUGCGACGGUGCUCUUGGACGGCACCACGGUGAGCGGGCCAAUGAUGUCACUUACUGGGACACAUCCGGUUUCCACCAGGCAUCAUAACGUUCCUGACGAUUAUGAAUUCGUUGGUCUUACCAUUGCACCUUUUGUUACGAUCGUGCAUCGGUCAGGGGAUCUACCUGCCUCGACGACUGUGCAUCAGUCAAGCGACCUACCCACCUCGCCAUCUACGGUGAAGACGAACGGUGUGUCGUCGAAUAUGGGAAACUUCGGUGGUGUUCUUCUAGUAUGGACUGCCAUGACAGUGGGAGUAGCAAAAGCUAUGUUCUGGUGA